AGUAACAGGGGAGAGUAACAGAAGAGAGAGUAACAGGGGAGAGUGACAGAAGAGAGAGCGACAGUUGGGAGGAGGAGGAAGAGGAGAGAGCGAAAGAGGAGCAGAGAAUGGGAACGCAGACGGAGUAGAGGAAUCGAGGAGAAGGAGCCGAGAGGAGCAAGGACAUCGUCAGUGUUGGGGACUGAAGGCUGUGGGGGGUUGAGGAAGAGUUGAGGGGACAGCAGAAUCCCAGGAGACAGAGGAGCGGAGGGUAAACGCGGCGGAUAAUUGUCGUCAUCUUUAUUAUCGUCAACUUCGUCAUCAUCAUCUUCAUCAUCGUGAGCGUCACCGAGAUGUCUGAACAGAAGGAGAACGCAGAGACCAUGGUGGCGGACAUCCACAAGAGAGUUACUGAAGCUUUCGACGUGUUUGACCACGAGGGUAACAAGACGGUCGAUGUGAGGGAAAUUGGCACCAUCAUCAGAUCUUUGGGAUGCUGUCCUACAGAAGGUGAGAUCCAUGAUGUUCUGGCAGAGAUCGAGGAGGAGGAACCUACAGGCUACAUUAGGUUGGAGAAAUUCCUUCCCAUGAUCACCAAGGUGUUGAUGGAGAGAAGGUACCGAUCAAUACCGGAGGAUGCUAUUCUGCGUGCUUUCCAGGUGCUGGACAGUGAGGCAAAAGGGUACCUGGAUCCUGAGGAGCUCACCCGGUACAUGACGGAGGAAGGAGAGCCGUUCACUCAGGAGGAGAUGGAGGAGAUGCUUUCCGCUGCAGUGGACCCAGACAAGAACCUUGUGUUUUACAAGGACCACGUCUCCAUGAUGGCAGUGGAAGAAAAUUAAAUGUCCGCAUUUAUUGCUGCUCCUGAUGAGAUUUCACCUUUGCCGGUUUGUUCUUACGUACGAAUGUACGUUGAGCUUCUUUCGUGCCAUAUGUAACCAACUGUGCUGAUCACACCAAAAGCAGUUAUAAAGAAAGACUUUUAAAUCUCGAUUUUUAAAAAAAGUAUGUAUUCAACAAAGUGUGUGUAAAGUGGUGGAAAAUUUGAUGAGUUUCACUGCUUCGCUAUCUGAAAACUGAAUUCUAAAACAACGAUAAGGUACGAAAGCCCACGAGGUUUAUUGUAGUUUAUUCUUAAGCACGGCAAUGAAAAGUUGAAUAAAAAGAGCCCCACGUUAUCUGUAAUUAAUUAAAACGUUCGUACAAUG